AUGAGCAUCCUCACCGGCAUUCGUCUUGGUCUUAAGCAUUAUCACCAUCAGCAUUUAUCUUGGUCCUCAUCAUCAGCAUUCGUCUUGCAUUCAUGUUGGUCCUCAUCAUCAUCAUCAUUGGUCUUGGUCCUCAGCUUAUCAUCAUCAGCAUUCAUCUUGGUCCUCAUCAUGAGCAUCCUCACCGGCAUUCAUCUUGGUACUAAGCAUUAUCACCAUCAACAUUCAUCUUGGUCCUCACCAUCAUCAUCAUUGGUCUUGGUCCUUAUCAUCAUCUGCAUCCUCACCGGCAUUCGUCUUGGUCCUCAUCAUCAUGAGCAUCCUCAUCAGCAUUCAUCUUGGUCCUCACCAUCACCAUCAUCAGCAUUCAUUUUGCCCCUCAUCAUCAUCAGCGUCAGCAUCAUUGGUUGCCCCUCAUCAACAUUAGCAUUCAUCUUGGUCCUCAUUCAUCACCAGCUUUCAUCAGCAUCAUCAUCACCAUUCAUAAUCAUCAUUCAUCACCAUCAUCAUCAUCAGCAUUCGUCUUGGUCCUCCUCAUCAUCAUCAUGA